AUGGCCUAUGCAGAGUCCAUGUUUCACCAAGUGCGUGCUACCCCUGAAGACAGAGACUCACUUCACUUUCUGUGGUUUGAGAACAACACAUCACAACCCCUACAGACCUUACGAAUGACAGCUCAUAUCUUUGGAGGAGUAUGGACCCCGAGCUGUGCUAAUUAUGCCCUUAAAAUGGUAGUUGAGGAGUAUCGCAACAUGUAUUCAGAAGAAGUACUGAACAAACUGCUGAAGCAUAUACUAAAGGAGGAUCGAGGAAAAUCUUUGAUAUAUCUGCAGUUGAAUUUGGAGGAUCAGUCCACGGAGAGAGCUCUAGGUAUGCUGUGGCAUGUGAAUACUGAUUACUUAGGAUUUGAUGUACAAGUGAUGCAUAACAGAACCAAAACCAAAAGGAAUGUGCUCAGUACACUCAGCACUGUGUUUGACCCUCUAGGAUAUGUCAGUUCAUUCAUAUUACAGGCUAGAAUAUUUCAGCAACUGUGCAGACUACAAAAAGGCUGGAAUGAACCACUUCCCAUAGAACUGGAGGAACAAUGGGGCCGGUGGUUAGCUGAUUUGCCAGAGAUUAAAAGGUUUAAGGUUCCCAGAUGCUUUAAUCCAACAGCUUUAACUAUAAAAAUGGCUCAACUUCAUCAUUUUUCAGAUGCUUCUGAGAAUGGGUAUGGUGUUGCAACAUACCUGAGAGUAACACUUGAGGACAACUCUGUGUAUAUCAACUUGAUCAUGGAUAAGUCACAUCUUGCACCCCUGAAAGGUUCUACAAUCAUAAGACUAGAACUAGCUGGAGCUCUAGAAGCUGUAAGGCUUGAUAAAAUUCUAACUAAAGAAUUGGAGAUACCUCUAGAAAUAUCAGUAUACUGGGUGGAUAGUCAGAUAAUACUAUGGUACUUGAACAGCUCAGAUAAACGUUUCCAAACAUAUGUAGCCAACAGAGUAGGAAAAAUUCUUGAUAACACUGUAGUCAGUCAGUGGAGGUAUGUACCUUCUGAAGAAAACCCUGGAGAUGAUGCAUCUUUGUUAAGACAGUAUACCAGCAAAUGGCAAACCUUCCUGAAUCUCAUGUUAUAG